CCUUUCACAGGUGGAGCUGCUGUGCGUGGUUAACCAGAAUGUGAAAUUACAAAGAUCACAUUACAAAGUACGCCCUCUCUGUCUGAAACCUGGACCCCACCUUUGUUUUACUUUGUGUGCCCUUGUUUGGCAAAGGCUGUGGGCUGUUAAUCCCCGCCGUUUGGGGACGAGAGAGGAAGGCUUUCAUUCAGAGUGAAGACACUGGGCGGAACCACAGCGAGUCACUCCGGCCCCGGGAGUCAGAGCCGUCACCGCUCUGUAAGGCUGUCAGUGCGGCGAUGUGUUAGAGCCUGGGACUAGGCUGCCCUCCGGGAAGAUGGUCUCCUAUACAGUGACAGUGGCCACUGGUUCCCAGUGGUUUGCAGGCACGGAUGAUUAUAUUUACCUGACUCUGGUGGGAACUGAAGGCUGCAGCGAGAAAACCCUCCUGGAUAAACCCCUCUACAAUGACUUCGAGCGAGGAGCGGUAGACUCAUAUGAUAUGACAAUGUCGAAUGAUAUUGGCGAAAUCCUGUUGGUGAAGAUUGAGAAGCGCAAAUACUGGGUACAGGAUGAUUGGUACUGUAAAUACAUCACCGUAAAAACACCUUCUGGCGAGUACAUGGAGUUCCCAUGUUACCGAUGGAUUACUGAAGACAAGGAAAUUGAACUACGGGAUGGACGCGCUAGAUUACCACGCGAUGACCAGAUUCAAAUUGUCCGACAACACCGCCGCAGAGAACUCGAGGAGAGGCAGAAGAUGUACAGGUGGAAAGAAUGGCACCCAGGGUUCCCACUGAGUAUUGAUGCCAACUAUCACAGUGAGCUCCCCCGUGACAUCCAGUUUGACAGCGAGAAAGGAGUCGACUUUGUCCUGAACUACUCCAAAGCGAUGGAGAAUCUUUACGUGAAUCGCUUCAUGCACAUGUUUCAGUCUUCAUGGAGUGAUUUUGCGGACUUUGAGAAGAUCUUUGUUCGUAUUAGCAACACGAUUUCAGAGUACGUCAUGCAACACUGGCAGGAGGAUUUCAUGUUUGGAUACCAGUUCCUGAAUGGAUGCAAUCCCGUCAUCUUUAAGAAAUGCAACAGAUUGCCAGAGAAAUUCCCUGUCACCAACGAAAUGGUGCAGAUCUGCUUGGAACGGCAAUUGACGCUGGAAGAAGAAGUAGAGAAAGGAAACAUUUACUUGGCAGACUACGAGAUAAUGGAUGGGAUUCCUGCCAAUUGCACUGACCCCUGCACCAUCCAAUACCUGACAGCACCCAUGUGCCUGCUAUACAAUAACUCCCAAAAUAAACUGGUGCCCAUCGCAAUCCAGCUGAAACAAGAACCUGGGCCAGAUAAUCCCAUAUUCCUCCCCACUGAUGAUAAGUAUGAAUGGUUGUUGGCAAAAAUAUGGGUGAGGUCAACAGACUUUCACAUUCAUCAGACGGUCACCCAUCUCCUGAAGACUCACCUUAUGUCGGAAGUGUUUGGUAUAGCGCUCUAUCGACAGCUUGCAGCUGUCCACCCUCUGUUCAAGCUGUUGGUGCCUCAUGUUCGAUUUACCAUUGCAAUCAACACCAAAGCAAGGGAGCAGCUGAUCUGUGAGUGUGGCCUCUUUGACAAGGCGAAUGGCACAGGAGGAGGGGGCCAUGUUCGAAUGGUUCAGCGAGCCAUGUCCAGCCUCACCUAUAAAUCCUUCUGCUUUCCUGAGAGCAUCAAGAUGCGUGGACUAGACAGCACAGAGGCUCUUCCUUAUUACUACUACAGGGAUGACGGCCUGAGAGUCUGGGAGGCAGUCCAGAGUUUUGUCACUGAAGUGGUGAACAUCUACUAUGAUAAUGAUGAGGCUGUUCAGACAGACACAGAACUGCAGGCCUUCGUGAAAGAUGUUUUUGUGUAUGGGCUGAAGGACAAUAAAAGCACAGGCUUUCCCAAAACAAUCAAGACAAUUGAGAAGCUGAUUGAAUAUCUGACUGUGGUCAUCUUCACUGCCUCUGCUCAACAUGCUGCAGUCAACUUUGGCCAGUAUGAUUGGUGCUCGUGGAUCCCAAACUCUCCUCCCACAAUGCGGCAGCCCCCGCCCUGCAAGAAAGGUGUUGUGAAUGUGGAGUACAUCAUUGAGAGUCUGCCAGACAGAGGGCGCUCGUGCUGGCACCUGGGUGCUGUGUGGGCACUCAGCCAGUUUCAGGACAAUGAGCUCUUCCUUGGAAUGUAUCCAGAUGAACACUUCAUAGAAAAACCUGUCAAGGAAGCUAUUCAGAAUUUCCAAGCGCACCUUCAAGAAAUUACACAUCGCAUUGCAGAACGCAAUAAGGAUAAGAAGCUCCCAUAUUACUACUUCUCUCCAGACAGAAUCCCCAACAGUGUGGCAGUCUAAGGGUCUGAUAUACCUCAAACAGAGAGAGAGAGAGAAUCUAGUCAAUUGGAAUAGGCAGAAAAUCAGACAGAGGAUCUCUGCUUCCUGCUUUACAUGUUUUGCAGUCAGCCCCUCUUGUUAAAAUCAUCGCUUCUGAUUUCUUUUUAACCAUCUUCUGUUUAAAGUGUUGGUGAGAAUGUGAGGUUUUAGCUUUGUCAGGCUUUGGUGCAUUGAGCACAGGCAACCCUGCUUUAACCCUGAGAGUUCCUUACCCUCAAUCCUGGAGGUAAAGCUCCCCAAAUUUACCUCAGCGCAAGCUAGUGAAGAAAAUCUGGGCCCCUGGUUAUUCUAAUUUGGUUCUUGGUUUGUAACAUUUUAAACUUGUUUCAUCUUUUGGAAUGCCGUAUUUAUUGCCCAUCUCUAUUUGCCCCUGAAAAGAUGGUGAGAAGGUGGCUUUCUUGAUCCAGUGCAGUCCUUAAGGCAAGAGUGUUUGUUGUUAUGUGGGAUGGUCCAGGAUUUUGAUCUGGCAACAAUGAAGGAAUGGAGAGCUGAAUCCAAAUUUGCUGCACAAUGGCUCAAUGGUUAGCGCUGCAGCCUGACAGUGCCAAGACCCCAUGUUCAAUCCCACCUUCGAGUGACUGCCUGUGUGGACUUUUUACGUUCUCCCUGUGUCUGUGCCUACUUCUUCUGAGUGCCUUGAUUUUUUCCCACAGUCCAAAGAUGUGCAGUCUGGGUGGAUUAGCCAGGGGAAAUGUGGGGUUAGAGGGUAGAUGGGUGGGUCUGGAUGGGAUGUUCUUUGGCGGGUUGGUGUGGACUUGAUGGGCCGAAUGGCCUGCUUCCACAAUGUAAGGAUUCUCUAUGAUUCUAAGUCAAGAUGACAUUUAAUUCAUGAAGGGAGUUGAAGGUGGUGGGCUUCUUGUGACAAUACUAUCCUCAUCCUCAUUGACAACUGUUGCCAAGUUGGAGAAUUCUAUCACAUUAUGUUUAAAAACAAACACAACAGCAAUCCCUUGUCACCAAGGAGUGCUUCUUUAACCAGAUUGUCUUCUAACCAGGCAGUUAGCUGCAAUGAGGAAAUCAUUUGAGUAGACCAGGGUAGCUCUGAAUGUUCCAUAUUUCACACCCGACACAAUUCUCUUGAGAACUGUCCAGUUGAACCCACAUCAGCGACAGCCCUUUUGGGAGAAGAUUCUAAGCUUCCACUUGUUCUUGUGUGCAUAGAUUUUCUGAUCAUUGGAAUGUUUUCACUCUGGUUAUAAACAGGUUACAAAAGUGUUCCAUUUUUACAAAACGCGCUAAGGUUUAUAGGUUUGACAAGAAGCAACUCAAGUGAAAUUGUUUUACUUUAUAUCUGUUUCUGUUUCCCUUUCUCUGUAAUCUCCUCCAACCCUUCAACUCUCUGAGCUCCGCACACCACCCAUUCUGGACAUGACUUCAUUCUCCAUUUUAAUUGCUCUAUCACAGGUGACUGUCUGUUGGCUAGGUCCGAAACUCUGGAAUUGUCCUUUGCGUCUGCUCCUCGCAUUCCUCUUUGAGAGGUUCCACCAAACUUUGAUCAAGCUUUUGAUAUCUAUCCCCAUAUUAUCUUAUGAGACUCAGCAUAACAGAUUGCUUCAUAAAAAUCCUCCAUGUUUUAUUGCAGCAAAGGUGCAGGAUGAGUGCAAAUUGUUGUUACUUCAGCAGAGUGUCUGCAGGAGCAAUUUUAAUAUCGAGUGUUAUUUAGUAGGGUCAUAGAUAUAGGAGCCAAAGUAGGCCAUUCAGUCCACUCGUCAGCUGUGCCAUUUUGUAAACUCAUGGCCAUUUGGAGGGCAGUGUUUAGAACAGUCAGUAUGGGAUACAGCCACUUAUGGAGAGCUCCUGUAAAGGGCGUGGCAUAGCUCCUUCAUGGGAAAGGCUAUACGUGUCAAGAAUGAGAAGGAGUGUUAUGGAGUGAUAGAUAUGAGACACAGUAAACAACAGCACAUGACGUAGCACAUUUCUGAAGAAGGGUCCUCACUUGAAACAUCAACUUUCCUGCUCCUCUGAUGCUGCCUGGCCUGCUGUGUUCACCCAGCUCCACGCUGUGUUAUCUCUAGCACAUAGCUUAGAUCUGUAUCCCAUGCCCGAACCCUCAACAAACUUUCCCUUUUCAAAAUGACCAUCUCAUCACACAUACAAAAUUAAUGGGAAGGAGUUCUCUUUAACAGAAUGUGGAUGUUACUGGUUGGGCCAACAUUUAUUGUGAAUCCCUAAUUGCCAUUGAGCUGCCUGGCUUGCUGGUGCAUUUCAAAGAGUAGUUAAAAGACAACUGCAUCACCGUGGCUGUGGAAUCAUGUUGGGCAAACCAGGUAAGGAUUGCAGUUUCCCUCCCUCAAGUGAACCAGAUCAUUUUUAAUCAGUCCAUCAUAGUUGUCAUGGGCACAAUCACUGAGACUAGUUUUCAAUUUCAGAUGUACUUAUUGAAUUUAAGUUCUGCCAACUGCCUUGGGGGGGAUUUGAACCCACAAAUCCAGAGCAGUAGUCUGGGUCUUUGGAUUCCCAUUCCAGGGACAUUAUCACCUUAGCUGUGAACAGAUGCUUUGUAACAUUGUAGUAAAUCUUGACACGACCAACCCCCCCCCCCCAUCUCCCGCUUCUCACCCCACCAGCACUUAUUCAUAAAAGUGUGGUCCACCAGUUCAUUGUCUAUAACAAAGGCCCAUUCUGGUGAACCUAUAUUACAGACUGUAAUGCCAAACUGUCCCUUCCUGAGAAAUAGCACCCAGAUCUGUAAACAGUCCUUUGGAUAGGGUUAAACUAGAGCUGGAUAAAUAAACAAACAUGAUAACCAUCACCUCACUCUGCAUCCCACUCUUCUAAGGUGAAAAAUCAACAUUAUCUUUUGAGAUAACAAAGUGUGGAGCUGGAUGAACACAGCAGGCCAAGCAGCAUUUUAGGACCAGAAAAGCUGAUGUUUCGGACCUAGACCCUUCAUCAGAAAAGAGUCUCUCUCCCACUGCAACUCUCUUGUAGGACCUCUCUCCCACUGCAACUCUCUUGUAGGACCUCUCUCCCUCUGCAACUUUCUUGUAGGAUCUCUCUCCCUCUGCAACUCUCUUGUAGGACCUCUCUCCCUCUGCAACUCUCUUGUAGGAUCUCUCUCCCUCUGCAACUCUCUUGUAGGACCUCUCUCCCUCUGCAACUCUCUUGUAGGAUCUCUCUCCCUCUGCAACUCUCUUGUAGGACCUCUCUCGCACUGCAGCUCUCUUGUAGGAUCUCUGUCCCACUGCAACACUCUUGUACUUUGUUAUCUCGGUUUCUCCAGCAUCUGCAGUUCCCAUAAUCUCUGAUACAUUCUCUUUUGUGCCUGUUCACUUGUUUGGAGUGUUUUCUGUGCAUAGUUGCCAGCUUCUGAACUAUUUAGACAUUCCUUUAGGCCAAUGAAGAAGAAAUCAGACUGGCUCACUAUUUAACUCCGUCUGUGUUGGUUUCUCCGUGGCCACAACAACUGAGAGAGAGCCCAAGACAGCUCCUAAUGGACACCACCAGCAGCAUUUCCUCUAACUUUCUUCUGGGCUGCAUGAGCCUCUAAAGUAACACCACUCACUGUGUGCAGAGCAUCAGAGCUACUGUGUGCAUGCAUUUUAGAGAGAACUUCGAGCACUGUCGCAUCCCAUUGAUUGGACUUAAUAUUGUUUAUUCCAACUCUGUUUCCUCCCACCAAACCAAUUCCAGAGAAAUGCCUAAAGGUGGUGUUUUAUUUUUGUUCAUGGUCAGUUUUGUGGAACCUUGUUGAAUGCCAUUUGCACACCUUCAUAAAAACCUGUAAACACAGCCACAUCCACCAAGUUAGUUACCAUCUUACAAUAUUUAACCAGGUUUCCUAGAACUGACUUACUCUUUACGAAAGCAUGUUGGAUCUCUCUCAUUUCUUAUCUAUCCAAUUAUGCAUAUUCAUCCUGUGCCAAAUAAAAAUAGAAUAUGGAGAUGAUUUUAAAUUUCUAGUUUAUCACCUUCUCUUAGAUUAUGAAGUGUCUUUGUAAUUUUCCAGUCUAUGGGAACAAUCCCAGAAUUAAAAAAAGCUUUGGACAGUCAUAACUCUCUGGAGCAUGUACGAUUUUCCCAGUUUCUUGCUUUAACAUUGUGGAAUGGGAAUGUAUAAAGGGGGUUUACUAAUGAAGAGUUUACUAAUGAAGAUAAUGGUUCCAGUGAUGACACAAUGUCACAGCAGUAUGUCAACAAAGUGACCUCUUGCUGGGGUCUAGUCCAGCUGAUAUUUAAACUCGGGGGGUAAGUCACUAAGCCAGAAAUUAGCCUGAACAUCAUCUGAUGUAAUAAGGAGGAAGAUAGUCUCCAUGAACCAUUGCAACGGGCAGUAUGAGCUUCUACAACGAAAACAGGGAGAUGCCUCUGGAUUAAAGAUGGAAACUCUUGCUUUAGACCCUUCUGUAUUAUAAUGCUACACUUUUGAUAGUUCAUUUUUGGUAUUACAAGCUCAUAAAAUAUGGAAUGCUUCCAUUAAAGAUGUCUUUAUAAAUGUUG